UUUUUGACAUAGCGACGAUGGCGACCGAGCCAACGGAGACGCACGCCCUCGAGUCGGCGUGGAGCAUCUGGGAGCUGCGCGAUUCUGGUAGCUCCAAGAGCAACUACGGCGAGAACCUCCACCGCCUCUGCACCUUCUCGACCGUUGAGGAGUUCUGGGGCUACUGGAACAACAUCCCCAAGCCGUCCCAGGUGCUCAACGACGGCGUCGUCAAGAAGAAGUUCACGGACCGCUCCGUGCAAUCGUUCGCCGUCUUCAAGGAAGGCAUUCGCCCCGAGUGGGAGGACUCGGCCAACAUGAGCGGCGGCGAGUGGCAGCUCUCGAUCAAGCUGCAGGCUGGCCCGCUCGACGAGCUCUGGGACAAGCUCGUGCUUGGCAUGAUUGGCGAAACCAUUGACCCGACCAACGAAGUCACGGGCGCCCGCGUCGUGCACAAGAACAAGAAGGACUCGCACUCGUACCGCUUUGAGCUCUGGCUCCGCAGCCGCGACCGCAACCUUGCCGACGAAAUCCGCAAGAACAUGGUUGCGUGCAUGAACCAGGAAGGCGUCUACCCGUCCAAGGUCGUGAUCAGCGACUGCUCGCACAAGGAGCACCGCCACUAAGCGCUACGUACGACAAUGGAUAUCUCGCCCUUAGUUUUCGGCCCCAGAUUUGACGAUGAAUGAACGUAUUACACCAUCGAUCGUGCGGACGACGAUCAUCUUGCCGACCAA